AUGUAAUAAUUAAAUGUGUACAUUUAUUUAGUUUAUUUUCUCGACUUUCCAAAAUUCUCAUAAUGUAUUAUAUAUUUAAUAAUAAAUCAAUCAAUCAAUUAUCAUUUCCUUUUUAGAGAUUAGAUAAUUAUUGAUAUAUCAAUUAUCAAACACCAUAAUACAUUAUAAAUAUUUAAUUUAAUUAAAUAAAGAGGAGAUUUUACAAGUAAAGUAAUCUUAGCGCAGAUUUAUUAAAUAAUAUACAGGCAGGCAGCAGUUAUGAGCAUUUAAGAGAAUAGAAAAGAAGUGUAAGUUUCGCGCGAGUAUAAUUUACUAACAAGCGGAAAGAAUGAUAAGCCUAGUUAUUUAAAUGGCAAGCACGCUAAUAAAUUAAAUUAAGAUUAAACUGCUUCGUAACUAGAAAACUCUUGUAGCGAAAAUAAUAUUUAGUAAUGUGGAUCCGUGUCUAAUUCAAUUGGUCAUCAAAAUUCAGCUACUGCACCUUACCAAAGAAACGGAAAUACUUCAAAGCAAUCGAUUAAUGGCAAAUCUGCAGCAGAAGAAAAGAAAAUAAAUGAUGAAAAACAAUAAAAGAAAAACGAUUAUUCUGAGAUUUAAUAAAUUUUGAAAUCAUGUACAACAGAAGCAAAGGGCCUUCAAGAUUAAGAUGAUGACGAAGAUGAUGUGGAAUUCGAAAUUGUUUCAUACGAAGAUUCUAGCGAAGAUGAAGAAGAAAUGUCUAAAAUGAAUACUGAAGAUGAAAAUGAAAAAAACGCAAGUGGUAAUCAAAGCUAAGAUGAAAAAAAACCUGAAGAAGCCAAAAUUGUAAAAGCAGCCAUUUCAGAAUAGCCUUAGUAAAAUUAAUAGUAGUAAUAAGAAAAAUAGAUUUAACAAUUAGGAUUGCGCGUUAAUACAUCUUCAGAAAAAGAAGAUGAACAUAUUAAAAAUGAAUCUAGUGAGGAGGAUAUCUUCUCAGAAUACGCAAAAAUCGGUUCAGGAUAUGCUUAAUUUAACCUACCAAAACUUUUGUAGGAUAUCAAUACAAUGGAAAAUCAUAAAAAAGAGGCAGAAAAUCAAAGCACUUAAGCUAUAUAGAGCCAAUAAAAUGCAACACAACAAUAAAAAGAUUUGUCUUCCACAAUAGCAGUAACUAAUCAAACAUUUGACAAAACGCGCAAUAAACAAGCACAGAAUAAAUCAAGUACUGUGUAACAACAAUAGAAUCAAGAAUAAUAACAUAAAACAGUUUAGCAGCGCAUUUAAUAUUGUCAUCAGCAGCUAUCGCAAAAGAGAGUUAUAAACACUAGAUCAAGUGGGGCAGGAUCUAAAGGAAAUGGAGGAUUGACUGCUGGAAAAUCAAGUUAUAAUAAUUAAAAUAAUACUAUUGGAAAUGACUACCAACCUAAAUAUAUUUCUUCGAGAAAAAGAAGAGCUGUAACCGACCCUGAAUUAGAAUCACUAGGAUUAUUAAAUAAAAGAAGAGACACCAAGAACAACACUAGGUACUACAACGAAGAGAGUGAAACUACCAAUCAAGAUUUGGAAGACGAUAAUGAUGAGAGUGAAGAAGAAACUCAAAGAAAUAAAAAGAGGUAAUAGCAAGCUCCAAAACCAAAGAGUGUGACAAAAUCUAGUGCAAGAAAUAGCGAAACCUCACAUCAAAAACCUUAAAAUACAUCUGUGCAAAAUAAAAAGAAAGCUGAAUAGAGUCAAAACGUAGCAGAUGAUGAUUAUCCUGAUGUGCCUAUAACUUUACCAAAAGACCAAUAAAUGGAAUUGUUAAAAUAUCACAAGAGAUCAAAAAAUUAUCAUGGUACAGCUAAAUAGUUUGGUAUUUCUCAUGAGGAAGCUCGUGUCAUAGUGAAAAAGUUAAAAAAGGAAUACAGAUCAAUUACAAAUUAUUGA